CUGCGAACGAUGACAAAUCAUCACAACGACGACAACCACAAAGAUGACGAUGAUGGCAGCACAACCACCAGCGCAACCGCAAGCAGCGCCGCUACGAGCACAGCGUCAAGGAAGGUGGUGAAGGGAGGCACAACGUUCGUGGUAGGACCUGCACAUGUGGACAAGCAGGCAGCCUCUACUGCCAGGUCCAGAAUCUAUCCCGGGUUUGUGCCGGCAACGCGAACAUGUCCGCUAUGUGGCCGUCUGCGUCCAGGAUCCUCCGCCGGUGAUCGCAGUGAUCGUAGCGGCGGUGGUGUUAAAAGUGGAGGCAACGCGGAAGAGGGGGAAGAGGUGCCUGACGAUGAGGACCAGACGCGCUGGUGCACCUGCAGCGAGUUUGAGAGCUACACAAGGAAACCAGAGCGCGAGCACUGGGCAAGAAACCUCUCUGGCAGCGACGCCCGUCGCUUGUACGAGGAAGUCAUCAACAUGCCAUCCGAGAACGUUCGCCAGCACCGGCAGCCACCAACACAAAUCAAAGUCGCCAGCACGUUGAGGUCAAGCUUUCAACCCAGCGGUUACACAGAUACAACACCGACACUAUCGUCUUCUUCUUCUUCAGACGCACACGUCAUCGUCAUCGACGACGAUGACGAUGAUGAUGACAGCGACGAGGCAGAAGCGGGUGCCAGAGAAGAACUAGCAGUCACACGGCAAGCCAGUGCCCGAGCGAGAUCAAGACUUCAGCGCGCGCAACAGCGCAGACCACACCAGAUCAAACGAAGGACGCAGUCGCCAUCCCUGCCGUCGUCAUCAUCGAGACAUGGCCCACCACGCCACAAGAAAGCAAAGGCGGCACCGGGUGCGCUGUCGGCAACCACUGUGAAAAACAGGGCAUUCGUCCAUGCGCAGAACAACGAGAUGAAGGACCUGCAGCGGCUCGCCGCUGACAACCCGGCCACCUUCGACAUCAACAUGGCUGACGCAUAUGGGUGGUCGCUGCUGCAAGUGGCUGCCUCGGCUGGAAGCGCCACUGUUGUCACGUGGGUACUCUCCCACCGCCCACCACCGAACUUGGGGCACAAAGACACACGCGGACGAGACGCAGCCCAACUUGCACGCAUGAGCGGACACAGCGCGCUGGCAGAGCUGAUUACUGCUGCCGUCGCCACACACGACACACACAACGAAGGCGAUGGUGUGGGUGCAGAUGAGGGCGAAGGCGAUAAAAGGGGUGGAGUCGGCAUAGAUCGAGGUGGACGACAAACGCCGGCAGCAGAGAGGACGCAGUCAACAGCAGGUCGAGGCAAGGAUGAUGCUGGUGAUGAUGCUGGUGAUGAUGCUGGUGAGGAGGAGGAGGAGUGGUAUUGCCCAGAGUGCAACGAGCUGAAGCGAGAGCCCCGUGCUGCCCACAACGCGUCCAUCCUGCAUCAGUUCUGCUGUCAGCACCGUGUGCAGAGCAACCCCUUCCUCCUCAGCAGCGCCAACAAGGGCUACAGGCUCAUGAAACAGAUAGGAUGGGACGAACAGUCCGGUCUGGGGCCUUCCGGAUCGGGAAAGAAGCAACCCGUGAAAACCGUCCUCAGACACGACAGGCGCGGGCUUGGAUCCGCUCCCCCUUCAUCUACAACAUCCUCGUCAUCAUCAACGUCAUCAUCAUCAGCAUCAUCGUCGUCAUCGCUGGCGUCUCGGAGCAGGCAGCCCCCGGCAUCUGCAGUGGCGUCGCUGCUAAGUGCAUCUUCAGCUGCAAGCGACGCAGACGACAUUGACACGCGUGCAGGCCGUCCUCGCUCUGUCAUCACCUCCACGUCACGCAAGUCGUACUUUGACCUUCCCGAGAGCGCUGUGUUUCGUCGCCACGCCCCCGCGUCCAUUGCCGCGCGCGAACGCAGCACUGGCGCACGCAUCACACACUUCCAACCUGGCGACGUGCGGGCAGUCGUGGGACCACACCGCGGCACGUCAUCAUCUUCGUCGUCGUCGUCGUCGCUGAAGUUGUCUGCGAAGAUGAGGGCACGGAAAGAGGCGGAGGCGAUAGCGGAUAGGGAAGCAGAGCAGGCGCGUCAGUUUCGUCGCAUGUUCUCCUCCUGA